CAACACACUCUUUAUAUGUAUAGAUUAUAUAUAUAUAUAUAUGUAUGUAUGUAUAUAUAAGUUUAUUUUGUUAUUCUUCUCUUCAUAUAUAUGGUCAAAGUUCAACCUUUUUUUGUGUUGACAGCUCCAGUACUCUCUCUCUCCCUAAUGGAGAAGCCGAAGGCAUGGAAAGAAAAGCAAGGCUUCCAACAUAAGGUUGAUGGUUGUUCAACAGAAGAAGUGGAAUUGGCUGCAAUUGCUAUUGGUCUCAACAUAAGGUUGAGAUCGGCCGACAUGCCGGUCAACAUGCAAGAACGUGCCCUGCGAUUCACCCGAACGCUCGUCGACGAAACGCCGCCCAACACCCGCCCCAAUCACACCCACCUAGCUCGAGCUCUCAAAAAGGAGUUUGACUCGUCGUAUGGACCGGCAUGGCACUGUGUGGUGGGGAAGAGUUUUGGAUCGUUCGUGACUCACUCACCGGGUGGGUUCGUCUACUUUUCUCUGGACUCGCUCUUCAUCCUUCUCUUCAAAACAGAGGUUCAUUUGGUCAAGGAACAGCCAUGAAUUGUCGACUUGGAUUUUCGGACACUGUUGGAGGACAUAUCAAAUGGAACGCUAUAGAACAACUUUGAGCAUGUAAUCGAUGUGUUUCUAUUUUAAUUUAUUUCUUUUUUUUAGAGAAGCCAAAUUUUGAUCAGUAAAAAUUCUCAAAGGUGUUUUGUAUAAUUAGCCCAAAUCCCUCGGUAAUAGUCUACCAAUUACUUUUUCUUUUA